UGUUGGAGAGAAAAGUUCGGAAAGGAACAGGAAACCUGCCGGGGAAGCAGCGGCGGCGACUUCUCUCGGCGCCCAGGCCGCGCACUCCGCGGUGUCCACCGCUGCGGCUUCGCUCCUGGUAGGCUUCUCCGACGCGGGGCCACUCUGCGCCCCAAAUCUCCGUGCCAGCGGCCGCACUCUCGCCACUGCAGCCCGGCGCUCCCCUGCGCCUCUGCGGCGGCGGCUUCCCGAAGAGAGGACCGCCGGCUGCCGCGCAGCGAAGCGGAGGGACGCCUACUUUGGAGCAUGAAGCAGCAUGUCUGAUAAAAUGUCCAGCUUCCUCUACAUCGGGGACAUCGUGUCCCUGUACGCAGAGGGCUCGGUCAACGGCUUCAUCAGCACGCUGGGGUUAGUGGAUGACAGAUGUGUGGUCCAUCCAGAGGCUGGAGACCUUGCCAACCCUCCCAAGAAGUUCAGAGACUGCCUCUUCAAGGUGUGCCCCAUGAACCGAUAUUCUGCCCAGAAACAAUACUGGAAAGCUAAACAGGCCAAACAAGGGAACCACACAGAAGCAGCCUUGUUGAAGAAAUUACAGCAUGCUGCAGAACUGGAGCAAAAACAAAAUGAAUCUGAAAAUAAGAAACUGUUGGGAGAAAUUGUGAAAUACAGUAAUGUUAUACAACUACUGCAUAUAAAAAGCAACAAGUAUCUGACUGUCAACAAGAGACUGCCUGCCCUCCUGGAGAAGAACGCCAUGCGGGUGUCCUUGGAUGCAGCCGGGAAUGAAGGGUCUUGGUUUUACAUUCAUCCCUUCUGGAAGCUGCGAAGCGAGGGUGACAAUAUUGUUGUAGGAGAUAAAGUUGUUUUGAUGCCCGUGAAUGCAGGACAGCCUCUACAUGCCAGUAACAUCGAGCUUCUGGAUAAUCCAGGGUGCAAAGAGGUGAAUGCUGUUAAUUGCAACACCAGCUGGAAAAUCACAUUAUUCAUGAAAUAUAGUUCCUAUCGAGAAGACGUUCUAAAAGGAGGCGACGUUGUUAGAUUGUUUCAUGCGGAGCAAGAGAAAUUUCUGACUUGCGAUGAAUAUGAGAAAAAGCAGCAUAUCUUUCUUCGCACCACCUUGCGCCAGUCGGCUACUUCCGCCACGAGUUCCAAAGCACUCUGGGAAAUAGAGGUUGUUCAUCAUGACCCCUGCCGUGGGGGCGCAGGGCAGUGGAACAGCUUGUUCAGAUUCAAACACCUGGCCACCGGGAACUACUUGGCAGCAGAGCUUAAUCCUGAUUAUCGAGAUGCCCAAAAUGAAGGGAAAAGCAUGAGAGAGGGAGAUCUUCCAAGUUCAAAGAAGAAACGCCAGGCAGGGGAGAAGAUCAUGUACACUCUGGUCUCAGUUCCACAUGGAAAUGACAUUGCGUCUCUUUUUGAACUGGAUGCCACAACUCUUCAGAGAGCUGAUUGCCUGGUUCCAAGGAACUCAUAUGUUCGGUUAAGGCAUUUAUGUACCAAUACAUGGGUAACUAGUACGAGUAUCCCCAUAGACACAGAUGAAGAGAGACCUGUUAUGCUGAAGAUUGGAACUUGCCAAACGAAAGAGGAUAAGGAAGCCUUUGCCAUCGUGUCUGUUCCACUGUCUGAGGUCCGAGAUCUAGACUUUGCCAAUGAUGCAAAUAAGGUGCUGGCGACCACCGUGAAAAAGCUGGAGAAUGGCACCAUCACUCAGAAUGAAAGGAGGUUUGUAACCAAAUUACUGGAAGACCUCAUCUUCUUUGUUGCUGAUGUACUUAAUAAUGGACAAGAAGUUCUGGAUGUGGUUAUCACUAAGCCAAACCGAGAGCGUCAAAAAUUAAUGAGGGAACAAAACAUAUUGGCACAGGUAUUUGGGAUUCUGAAAGCACCAUUUAAGGAGAAAGCAGGGGAGGGCGCAAUGCUGAGGCUUGAAGAUCUGGGGGACCAGAGAUAUGCUCCCUACAAGUACAUGCUGAGGCUGUGUUACCGUGUGCUGAGACAUUCACAGCAGGACUACCGCAAGAACCAGGAAUACAUUGCUAAGAAUUUCUGUGUCAUGCAGUCCCAGAUCGGCUAUGAUAUUUUGGCAGAAGACACCAUCACAGCUUUGUUGCACAACAACAGGAAACUACUAGAGAAACAUAUCACAGCAAAAGAAAUAGACACAUUUGUCAGUUUACUCAGGAGAAAUCGCGAGCCAAGAUUUUUGGACUACUUAUCUGAUCUGUGUGUGUCGAAUACUACCGCUAUCCCUGUGACUCAAGAACUCAUCUGUAAAUUUAUGUUGAGCCCAGGGAAUGCAGACAUUCUCAUUCAGACUAAGCUAGUCUCAAUGCAAGUCGAUAACCCCAUGGAGAGUGCCAUCCUUGCGGACGACAUUGAUGAUGAAGAAGUCUGGCUGUACUGGAUCGACAGCAACAAGGAACCGCAUGGCAAAGCUAUUAGGCACCUGGCUCAAGAAGCCAAAGAGGGCACCAAAGCUGAUUUGGAAGUUCUUACCUAUUACAGGUACCAGCUGAACCUCUUUGCACGAAUGUGCUUGGAUCGCCAGUAUCUGGCCAUAAACCAGAUCUCCACGCAGCUGUCUGUGGAUCUGAUCCUGCGGUGUGUGUCCGACGAGAGCUUGCCCUUUGACCUCCGGGCAUCUUUCUGCCGCCUCAUGCUCCACAUGCAUGUUGACCGGGACCCGCAGGAGUCUGUGGUGCCCGUGCGCUAUGCCAGACUCUGGACAGAAAUUCCUACAAAGAUCACAAUUCAUGAAUAUGAUUCUAUAACAGACUCUUCCAGAAAUGAUAUGAAGCGGAAGUUUGCAUUGACAAUGGAAUUUGUUGAAGAAUAUUUGAAAGAAGUUGUAAAUCAGCCUUUUCCUUUUGGGGAUAAGGAAAAAAACAAACUGACAUUUGAGGUGGUGCACUUGGCUCGAAAUCUUAUCUACUUUGGAUUUUAUAGUUUCAGUGAACUCUUAAGACUAACAAGGACACUUCUGGCUAUCCUAGAUAUUGUACAGACCCCCAUGUCAUCGUAUUUGGAAAGAUUAAGCAAAUUUCAAGACGGAGGAAACAACGUGAUGAGAACCAUCCACGGGGUGGGAGAGAUGAUGACGCAGAUGGUGCUUAGCCGAGGCUCCAUCUUCCCCAUGAGUGUGCCUGACAUCCAGCCCAGCAUCCACCCCAGCAAGCAAGGGAGCCCGGUGGAACAGGAGGACGUGACCGUCAUGGACACUAAGCUGAAGAUUAUUGAGAUUUUACAGUUCAUCCUGAGUGUCAGACUUGACUACAGGAUCUCAUAUAUGCUGUCCAUAUAUAAGAAGGAAUUUGGAGAAAAUAACGAAAGUACUGAAAGCCCUACCAGCGGCUCACCAGAUACCUUACUGCCAUCAGCUAUUGUUCCUGAUAUUGAUGAAAUUGCAGCUCAGGCAGAAACUAUGUUUGCUGGAAGAAAGGAAAAAACUCCAGUUCAGCUGGAUGAUGAAGGAGGCAGGACAUUUUUGCGGGUGCUCAUCCACCUCAUCAUGCAUGACUACCCCCCUCUGCUCUCAGGGGCCUUGCAGCUGCUUUUCAAGCACUUCAGCCAGAGGGCCGAAGUCCUACAGGCGUUUAAACAGGUGCAACUGCUAGUGUCCAAUCAGGAUGUGGAUAACUACAAACAAAUCAAGGCUGAUCUGGACCAGCUGCGACUGACUGUAGAAAAAUCUGAGUUAUGGGUUGAGAAGAGCAGUAACUAUGAGAAUGGAGAAAUGGGUGAAAGUCAAGUAAAAGGUGGAGAAGAGCCAAUUGAGGAAUCCAACAUUUUGAGUCCAGUACAGGACGGAACAAAGAAACCUCAGAUUGACAGCAACAAAGGCAAUAAUUACCUGAUUGUAAAGGAGAUUUUGAUUAGGCUAAGUACACUCUGCGUGCAGAACAAGAAGUGCCGGAUUCAACACCAGCGACUGCUGAAGAAUAUGGGGGCGCACUCCGUGGUGCUGGAUCUGCUGCAGAUCCCUUAUGAAAAGAAUGAUGAGAAGAUGAAUGAAGUGAUGCAUCUGGCUCACACGUUCCUGCAGAAUUUCUGCCGCGGAAAUCCACAGAAUCAAGUUCUCCUUCAUAAACAUCUGAAUUUGUUUUUAACACCUGGUCUCCUGGAGGCCGAGACCAUGCGGCACAUCUUCAUGAACAAUUACCACCUGUGCAGCGAGAUCAGCGAGCGCGCGGUGCAGCACUUCGUGCGCUGCGUGGAGACGCACGGCCGCCACGUGGAGUACCUGCGGUUUCUGCAGACCAUCGUGAAGGCCGACGGCAAAUACGUGAAGAAAUGCCAGGACAUGGUGAUGACAGAGUUGAUCAAUGGGGGUGAAGAUGUGCUGAUAUUUUACAACGAUCGAGCAUCGUUUCCCAUCCUGCUCAACAUGAUGUGUUCAGAGAGAGACCGGGGAGAUGAGAGCGGCCCCCUUGCCUACCACAUCACCCUUGUGGAGCUGCUGGCAGCGUGCACAGAGGGCAAGAAUGUCUACACUGAAAUCAAGUGCAACUCCCUGCUGCCCCUGGACGACAUCGUGAGGGUGGUGACCCACAGUGACUGCAUCCCAGAGGUCAAAAUUGCUUAUGUGAACUUCGUUAAUCACUGCUACGUUGACACUGAAGUGGAAAUGAAAGAAAUCUACACAAGUAACCACAUUUGGAAAUUAUUUGAGAACUUCUUGGUGGAUAUGGCAAGGGUGUGCAACACGACCACAGACAGGAAGCACGCCGACACGGCCCUGGAGAAGUGUGUCACUGAGUCGGUCAUGAGCAUCGUCAGCGGCUUCUUCAACUCCCCCUUCUCAGACAACAGCACCAGCCUCCAGACACACCAGCCAGUUUUCAUCCAGCUGCUGCAGUCCGCCUUCAGAAUCUACAACUGCACCUGGCCCAGCCCAGCCCAGAAAGCCUCUGUGGAGUCCUGUAUCAGAACUUUGGCUGAAGUGGCAAAGAAUCGUGGAAUUGCCAUCCCAGUGGAUUUGGACAGCCAAGUGAACACUCUCUUCAUGAAGAGCCACUCCAAUAUGGUGCAGAGAGCGGCCAUGGGCUGGAGAUUGUCAGCUCGCUCUGGACCACGCUUUAAAGAAGCUCUUGGAGGGCCUGCUUGGGACUACAGAAAUAUUAUUGAAAAGUUACAGGACGUGGUGGCCUCCUUGGAGCAGCAGUUCAGCCCGAUGAUGCAGGCUGAGUUCUCCGUGCUGGUCGAUGUGCUGUAUAGUCCGGAGCUGCUGUUCCCUGAGGGGAGCGAUGCCAGGAUACGAUGUGGCGCCUUCAUGUCCAAGUUGAUUAAUCAUACAAAGAAAUUAAUGGAAAAAGAAGAAAAGCUGUGCAUUAAAAUUCUUCAGACUUUGCGAGAAAUGCUGGAGAAGAAAGACAGCUUUGUGGAAGAGGGUAACACGUUAAGAAAAAUACUCCUGAAUCGAUAUUUUAAAGGUGAUUAUGGAGUUGGUGUGAAUGGACACCUCUCUGGAACCUACUGCAAGUCUCCCCAAGGAGGAGGAAGCUUUUCUGGACAAGAUUCAGAUAAGACUGGGAUAUCACUCUCGGACAUUCAGUGCCUGCUGGAUAAGGAAGGUGCAUCUGAACUCGUCAUUGAUGUCAUAGUGAACACGAAAAAUGACAGAAUUUUUUCAGAAGGCAUUUUACUGGGUAUUGCCUUACUGGAAGGAGGAAACACACAAACUCAGUAUUCUUUCUACCAGCAGUUGCAUGAACAAAAAAAGUCAGAAAAGUUCUUCAAAGUUCUUUAUGACCGAAUGAAGACUGCUCAGAAAGAGAUUAGAUCAACAGUGACGGUGAAUACCAUAGACUUGGGAAACAAAAAGAGAGAUGAGGACAGCGAGUUGAUGACGUCUGGCCCACGGCUGAGAGCAAGAGAGUCAACUUUACAUUUAAAAGAGGGAAUGAAAGGCCAAUUAACAGAAGCUUCUUCAGCAACAUCCAAAGCAUACUGCGUGUACAGAAGAGAAAUGGAUCCGGAAACGGACAUCAUGUGUGCAGGGGUGGACACGGCAAACGCCGAAGACAGGUCUGCAGAGGAAGUGACCAUGAGCCCAGCCAUCACCAUCAUGCAGCCCAUACUGAGGUUUCUGCAGUUACUCUGUGAGAAUCACAACCGGGAGCUGCAGAACUUCUUGAGGAAUCAGAACAACAAAACAAAUUACAACCUUGUCUGUGAGACCCUUCAGUUUCUGGACUGCAUUUGUGGGAGUACAACAGGGGGCCUGGGCCUCUUGGGUCUCUACAUCAAUGAGAAGAACGUUGUGUUGGUCAACCAGACCUUGGAGAGCCUGACUGAGUAUUGCCAGGGCCCGUGCCAUGAAAACCAGACUUGUAUUGCUACUCAUGAAUCAAAUGGGAUUGACAUCAUCAUUGCUUUAAUUCUCAAUGACAUCAACCCUCUUGGUAAAUACCGGAUGGACCUCGUGCUUCAACUCAAGAACAAUGCUUCCAAGCUCUUACUGGCCAUCAUGGAAAGCAGACACGACAGUGAGAAUGCAGAGAGAAUUCUUUUUAACAUGAGACCCCGAGAACUGGUGGAUGUGAUGAAGAAUGCCUAUAACCAAGGGCUGGAAUGCGAUCAUGGAGAUGAUGAGGGUGGAGACGAUGGCGUUUCCCCUAAAGAUGUCGGACACAACAUCUACAUUCUUGCCCAUCAGUUGGCUCGUCACAACAAACUGUUACAGCAGAUGCUCAAGCCAGGAUCAGAUCCAGACGAUGGUGACGAAGCCCUGAAACAUUAUGCCAACCACACAGCCCAGAUCGAGAUUGUUCGGCAUGACAGGACCAUGGAACAAAUCGUUUUUCCUGUGCCCAAUAUAUGUGAAUACCUUACACGAGAAUCCAAGUUCCGUGUGUUCAACACAACCGAGAGGGAUGAGCAAGGAAGCAAAGUGAAUGACUUUUUCCAGCAAACAGAAGAUCUCUACAGUGAAAUGAAGUGGCAGAAGAAAAUCAGGAAUAACCCUGCGCUGUUCUGGUUCUCGAGGCACAUAUCACUCUGGGGAAGCAUCUCCUUCAACUUGGCUGUGUUCAUCAAUUUAGCUGUUGCGCUUUUCUACCCUUUUGGGGAUGAUGGAGAUGAAGGUACACUUUCUCCAUUGUUCUCAGUUCUUCUUUGGAUGGCAGUUGCAGUCUGCACGUCUAUGCUGUUUUUCUUCUCCAAGCCUGUGGGUAUUCGGCCAUUCCUUGUGUCUGUGAUGCUCCGAUCCAUCUACACCAUAGGCCUCGGGCCCACACUAAUCCUCCUGGGUGCAGCUAAUCUUUGUAAUAAAAUAGUAUUCCUGGUGAGUUUUGUUGGGAACCGUGGCACGUUCACCCGAGGGUACCGAGCGGUCAUCCUGGAUGUGGCCUUUCUCUACCACGUAGCCUAUGUCCUGGUUUGCAUGCUGGGCCUCUUUGUCCACGAAUUCUUCUAUAGCUUCCUGCUCUUUGACUUGGUGUACAGAGAAGAGACUCUGCUCAACGUCAUAAAAAGUGUCACCCGCAAUGGCCGCUCCAUCAUCCUCACCGCCGUGCUCGCACUCAUCCUGGUCUACCUGUUUUCCAUCAUUGGGUUCCUUUUCUUGAAAGAUGACUUCACAAUGGAAGUGGAUCGGCUGAAAAACAGAACCCCCACAACAGGUAGUCACAGCGUCCCCACCACGAUGCUGACUUCGGUGAUGGGCACGUGUCUGAAGGAGAACUGCUCAACCGCCAUCCCUGCUCCAGAAACAGCAGAUGGAGAGUAUGAAGAUGGCAUCGAGAGGACCUGUGACACCCUCCUCAUGUGCAUUGUCACGGUCCUGAACCAGGGCCUAAGGAACGGGGGCGGUGUGGGCGACGUGCUGAGGCGGCCAUCAAAAGAUGAGCCCUUAUUUGCUGCCCGAGUGGUGUAUGACCUUCUGUUUUACUUCAUUGUUAUCAUUAUCGUUCUCAACUUGAUUUUUGGUGUUAUCAUUGAUACUUUUGCUGAUCUCAGAAGUGAAAAACAGAAAAAAGAAGAAAUUCUAAAGACAACUUGCUUCAUCUGUGGACUCGAAAGGGACAAGUUCGACAAUAAAACUGUUUCAUUUGAGGAGCACAUCAAGUCAGAACACAACAUGUGGCACUAUCUGUACUUCCUUGUCCUGGUGAAGGUCAAAGACCCGACUGAGUACACUGGACCUGAAAGCUACGUGGCUCAGAUGAUUGUGGAGAAGAAUUUAGACUGGUUCCCUCGAAUGAGAGCAAUGUCCCUCGUCUGCAACGAAGGGGACAGUGAGCAAAAUGAGAUUCGGAACCUGCAGGAGAAGCUGGAGUCAACCAUGAGUCUGGUCAAACAGCUGUCGGGGCAGCUGGCAGAGCUGAAGGAACAGAUGACAGAACAAAGGAAGAAUAAGCAGAGACUGGGCUUUCUGGGAUCAAACACACCCCAUGUGAAUCAUCACAUGCCACCACACUGAGACCCUGGGGGAGCCGUGACGAGCCUUUCAGCAGUGUCCUGCCCGCUCGCUCGCUGAAUAAAGAACUGAGAUGGAGGGAGUGAACAGCGCCUAUUGUUGGAAAGCUAAAAACAACCCAGCACCAAGAUGUCGAGUGGUUUCGCUCUGAGAACAAUCUAUAACUGUGCUCUCAUGCCUGAGAAGACCAUGCUCAGAAUGCAGCCUCCAGAAAGCACACCCGCGCCCGGCUGAGGCCAGCAGCCCGCAGGGACGCAGACACCACAUGGAGGCAGGCAGAGCCAAGGCCGGCGUUUUGCCUCCCAGGCUGACGGCAACCUUUGCAUGGCUUGGGUGGAGUUUCUUUUAAUUACGGUAUAUGGGUUAGUGACCCAGGCAGUCCUGCUCGGGUGACUGUUUCAGAAAACAACUGAAAAUGAGAGUUGCAAUGAAAGCUGUUCACGCUUCCAAACUGGCUGUGGCAGGCAGUAUCCCCCGUGGUCGCUCGCAGCGCCAGGGACUCAAAGCUCUGGGGACUUGUGUCUGGAGCCUCGGCCCCUCCCGCUAACAAGAAGACUGGAAUGUGAUUGUGGACUCCAGAUUCAGGAGGAGGGGUCCAUGUACCUUGGUCAAAACAGGUUCUAAUGAUGUCUGGGCUAAGAUUUUUAAGAGCUUUUGGGCAGAAAAGGUUGGCAGAAAGCCCUAAGAAAGGAUUUUUGAGAACAUGUGUAUGCUAUUAAAAUAUAUGGAGAUGAGUAAGUGAAAAUACUUAAAGGUGACAGAAAUAUUGAGAAGCUGGUGAUGAUGGCAUUGCCUUUUAUCACGGUGGAGUUUUCUCAAUUCAGGUUUGCUGUGCUUAAAAAUCAGAAUGGUUUUAUUUAUCUAACCCCUCCUGCAGGUAGGAAAUGAAAACCCAAGAAAUUUAUUGACUGCUCAAUAAAAUGCCAUACAUUUCAAACUGUGUAAGAAUGUCUGGAAAUGUAAAAAAAAAUAAUUAACUCCUCCUCAGAUUGUUAAGUUAUUCCACCAGAAUGUGUGAAGGGGGAAAUAACCUACCAUGCUCCCACUCUUCUUAGAGACCACUUUCAGAGGGACAGGACCAUGGGCUUCAUGUGGUGGGGAGCAGACACACAACACCUAACUCUGGAAGUCACUUUGGAAAGUAACCUCUGCCCUCUACCCCCACCGGCACACAGAUUCCUCCCGAGUAAUUAAAUUCUCCAGUUAUUGCUACCAUGGUUUAAGGUUCCCCUUUUAAAUGAUUGGGGUGCUUUAAUGCAGAUUAGCCUUUUGGCUCCUAAAGUUCUCAAGUCGUGGUCCAUCUAGGUAGAAUAUAAAGGAUGCCCAAACUGAGCCUCCUUCUUCACGCAGCCUUAAAAGGUACACUCAGAGCCGAGUGAUGGAAGUGCGAUGAGUUUUUUAACUGAAUCUGGUGGCACCCCUCCCCCCACCUAAUAUCUCCCCCAACCUAAAGUUUCCUCAUUCUGACUUCAUAGCAUUUUUCCCGCGGGUCAUCAAAGAACCUCACUCUAGAUGGAAGUAGACCAAAGCCACCAGUCUUUAAAUCCAAGACCAUCACUGUCACGAACAGCACUAGAUGACAAGUCCACUUCCAAGUGUUUUCACAGGCAGAGAGUUCUGUCAGGUAGGGAAAAGAAGAGACAGGAGAACGUCACCAUCCUCCCAUCUGGGAGCCCACCUCGGCUUCAGCACAAACACAGUCUUUCUGACAUCUGAGCGUUGAGAGUGCACUGAUGUGUACAAAUGCGAGUGACCUGCUUUUCAGAUAAUGAACUCUUGUUCUUCGGACACUCCUUGUCCUGUUGUGCAGGGACUACACCAUUGAGUACCCAGAACUCUAUCAAAGCCUGGCCUGACCCUGCCACUGGCUCACGGCAGCUGGCCAUGGCACAGAAUGUUUUCUCCUCUCCAAAAGAAAGGGCAACUAACACAACUCUUAUUUGAUCAGAAUUGAAAUAUCUUUCCUCAUGUUUUUCUUUUCUGCCUAACUACUUCAGAAAUGAUCAAGCAAAAUAAAAACAAGCAAAUUUUUAAAAAGGCACUUUUCAGACUGUAAUAGGCAUGACAGAGAAGAUAAUAAUGGGGAAAAAUUGAUGUUUGAUAUAAAUUUGUAUUUGCUAUGUAUAUGUUUGCUAAUGCAAGUGGAAUAUUUGACCUAGGUGUUAAUUAGCAUCCUUGUAUUUAUAUAGUGAUAUUAAAAUAAAUACAAUCAUCUUUGAUUUUGAUGCUAAAGGAAAUGUUUUCCUAC